AUGGCAUUCGUUUGUAACCAUCUGCACCUGCGGAGCGAAGACCCGGACAACGCCGCCAAUUUUUACGUGGAGAAUUUCGGCGCGGUUAUCGUUUCUACGCGGCCCUUGUCCAAUACCGUGUCCCACCAACUGGAAUUGAACGGUCAACCGUUGCUGACCGUGUCAGGGGAAGCGGAAGGAGAGAACGCAGUUGCCGGCUCCACGGACCCUCGCUUCGGCCUGGACCAUUUCGGCUUCCAGACCGACGACAUUCAGGCCGCCUUCAAGCAGUUCCAGGCCACGGGCGCCAAUAUCAUCUGCGACCCCUGGACGAUGCCAUCGGGCAGCCAGGUCAUGUUCGUGGAGGCUCCCGAUAAGGUCAGCCUGGAGAUUAUCCAGCGACCUGCGUAA